AUGAUGUAUGUAUUUAUGUGUAUGUGUGUGUAUGUACAGAACAGGCCUAUGAUAAGUAACAUGUACCUAUCGACACUGGACUACGCAGCGACGUUCUGCGGUUUGUUCGUCUCCUGUUACAUGCUUUUCGUAUCAUUUUACAUGGUUGGUAACGAUUCGUACAAAUGGUAUACAGUCAAUAUUUUUGUGGUAUGCCUCGCCGGCAGUAUAAUUAAGCUGGCCGAUUUUGUUGUGCAGCACACUGUCACCAGCGUUUACCAUCCCGUGUAA